UUUUCUCCACCAGUAUUUAGUUACACCUCUCUGUGGUAUAAAACCACAGACAGGUGGUUGUUCAGCUUGUUUAGUUCCAUCCAGUGGCUUUCAGGCAGAAUGUAUCACAUGAUCCUGCUCUUUGUUUUCCUGGGAGGAUUCCUGGGGCCUGAGAUGCGAUGUGUCACUGCAUUAACUGUUUACACUCCCAGUGUGGUGGAAGUAGCCACUGGGACAGAUGUGAAACUGAGGUGCACCUUCAACUCCAGUUACCCUGUGUCACAGGAGUCCGUAAAAGUGACCUGGUACUUUGCUGCCCUGAACCCUGCAGGGCCCAAAGAGCCGGUGUUCCACUACAGUGGGAUGGGAUUUCCUCCCCCGGGGCAUUUUAGAGACCACGUGGUGUGGUCAGGGGAUGUCAUGAAAAAAGAUGUGUCCCUCACCCUGCUGCGGGUGUCCCCCAGAUUUUGUGGCACCUACAUCUGCCAAGUGCACAACACGCCGGAAAUAACGGGCAGAGUUGGGGAGAUUUCCCUCAGAGUCGUCAACAAGACUGCAAGUUUGGACCCAUUGGGCUGGCUCUUGGCUCUGGUUGAUUUGAGUGCUGCAAUAGUUUGAGUGAAGAUAUUAGCUCACAUUUCUAAGUUCAACUUUUAUAAUCACAAUACCUAAUAGAGCUGUAGAAAUAAGCCACUGGUACAAAGUCCAAUUAUAAAUUGAGGGUCUGCAUAUCCUCAUGUACCACAACAACAAAAAGCCCGGUGGAAUUGGGAGUUCGCUGUUAAACAUUAAAUCACUUUUAAAGAAACAAAA